AUGGAGGACGAUGAAGCAAAGCUUGAAGAAAAAUAUCCUGAUGAAAGAAGAGAAGAAGAAGAAAACGAUUGUCCCUCGCAUCAUCCUCCACCUCCACCUGAUGAGUUGUUUGACAUUUCGACUACAGUUGAUCCUAGCUACAUAAUCUCACUGAUAAGGAAACUCCUUCCUAUCGAUUCGGGCAGUGAAGAAUGUGUUCGAAGCACCGAGGAACGGCAUAGCGAUCAUAUGAAUGCAAAUAAUGUGGCUCAAGGUGUUGUAGCUCUGUCUGGAAAUGGGUUUGUGGACACUUCCAAUGGUAAUCCAGAGAGCAUGGACAUUGGAGGUAACAGUAACGAAUCCAGUUCCGAGGAGAGGGACAAGGUGAGCUCAUGUCGGGAAGGUUGGUCAUCAAUGGAAGAGGCAUGGGAAGAUCAUGGCUGCGUUUUGUGGGAUCUUGCCGCCAGUAGAACUCAUGCUGAGCUAAUGGUACAGAACCUAAUUUUAGAAGUGCUUCACGCAAACCUUAUGGUCUCAAAAUCUACACGCAUUCGGGAAAUCUGUCUCGGGAUUAUUGGAAACUUGGCUUGCCAUGAAGGUCUGUUGAAACGUAUAGAGUCUACAACCGGACUCGUCAAUGUACUUGUGGGGCAGAUGAUUCUAACCUCGGGUCUCUAUGGGGCUGGGUGCACUCUCUGGGCCGAGUGUUUGCAGUCUGAUGAUAUACUCCGCCGUAUUUUGUGGAUUGCAGAAAAUACCUUGAAUCAUCAUCUUAUUGAAAAGAGUGUAGGGCUUUUGCUAGGUAUCAUUGAAGGCCAACCAGAGGUUGAGCAGCUAUUGAUCCCUCCACUAAUGACUAUGGGGUUGACGAGUCUCUUGAUCAAUCUUCUUUCCUUUGAAAUGAGCAAGUUGACUAGAGAAAGAAUCCCAGAAAGGUACCCUGUCCUUGAAAUUAUCCUCCGAGCUAUUGAAGCUCUUUCUGCUUCAGAUAGCCAUUCUAAAGAGAUUUGCUCUAGCAAAGAACUUUUUCAACUAGUCUGUGAACUUAUAAAACUUCAGGACAAAGCUGAGGUGGCAGCAUCUUGUGUUACCGCUGGAGUUUUGAUCGCAAAUAUUCUGUCGGAAACAGUCGAUUUUAUUCCAGAAGUGUCGCAAGAAUUUUCUUUCCUGGAAGGUUUGUUCAGUACUUUACCAUUUGCCUCGGAUGACAUAGAAGCAAGAAGAGCUCUUUGGAGUGUUAUUGCGAGGUUACUUGCCAGAGUUAAUGAGUCUGAGAUAAACACACUCUGUCUGAGUCAGUACGUAUUGGUUUUGCUAAGCAACUCGGAGAUUAUAGAAGAUGAUCUUCUCGAUGUCCAACUAGAAGAUUCAAAAUCAGGCGCGAGAACAAUGGCUCAACAACAGAUACAGAAGAUUGAAUCAGUACUGAGCAAUUGGAAUAUUCGCAAAGAGAACUUACAGGAGGAAAGCAUGAAUGGGGACUGCUCUGUAAACAAAGCUGAUGUCAAAAGGCUAUCAGAUUGCUGUCAAAGAUAUAUCAAUUGUAGAUCGAUUGAAGGGUCCUCUUAA